UAGGAGCUAUGCCUCAUCACGUGACAUCGUCCUCCUGAUCCUCAACACAACUGAGAACAUAGUCCAACAGACAGUACCAGAAAUGUUUGCUGUAUACCUGCUGCCUGGACUCAAAAUAGUGACCACAUACUUCAAGAGCAUCUCCAUGAUCAGUGGACCAGACAGCUGGAAUCAAAUGAUUUUGAAUCAGAUGGAGACAAUCCAGAGCUUUCUGCCUCCAAACUGCACAGCAGAGGCCUACAUCUCUGCAGUCAUUAACAUCACUCAGUCCAUCUUGAUGUCUGACCAAGGCAAUAUGAGUCCCUGGGCAAGUUUUGAGAAUGCAUCCCUAGAAAAUGUGCCCAUGAUUAUUGGCCAGUUGGGCGAGCAUGUGAGCAAUGUUUUGAUGGGAAUCCCUGACUUACCUCACUCAGUCGUCAAGUCUGUGAAGCUCUUUGCCCACCUUCCUUCAUUCCUGAAUCAGAUGAUAAACGGACAGGUAGACGAAAACAUGUGGCAAAAACCUGAAAAGAUGCUCCAAGUCCUACUGUUUUCCAUCGAGGGAACAGAGUUGUGGCACAAUAUCUCAUCUGUGGUCCCGCUAUUUGAAAAAAUCAUAGGAGGUGUCGUGAAAAACAUGCAAGCAGGGAAUGUGAUGAUACAAAGCCUCCAGGUUCCUUUGGUGACCUUGAUAACAGAUGUUUUAGUGUCUGCGAACAGCUCCUCUGUUACGUUGUCUGAAGUCAUGGAAAGAAUUCAGGUUUCCACGGAACGCAUGGUGCAGGCAGCUCAGCAGGCUAAUGGAACAUUGGAGUGCAGUGAAGCUCUCAGUGUAUGGGAACCAGUAAGACAGGCAGGAGGCUUAAGCUCUGCAACCAUGUAUAUGUGGUGCAACAUCAGCCUCCAGCCUGUUUUGGAUGCCUAUGCUGAAGCCCUGAAUAUGGACAUGACUCACAUGGGUGUGGAACCAAUGACUGCGAAUGCCACAGCUGCCCGGAUUGUCAAGAUCAUAUGGUCUAUGUACCAGGUCACUCUUAACCAAACACAUGUGACAGAGCAGCUCAUCAUGGCUGUGUCUGACCACCUCUCUAUACUGGCAGGCUGGCCACUGAACCCUGAGGUACAGCAUUACUGGUACAAGCAGCUCCAGGGUGUACAGCUACAAAACAGCUUGUCCUCGAUAAAUAUGCUCUCAGAAGAACUGCUCAAUGUGGCGCCAUUCCUCCAUCCUUACAUUGAACCUGUAGAGGAAGCACUGAUCUUCAUCGUCAACAACUCCCAUCUUCUCAACAGCAGCUCCUCAGAGGACCUCUUCAAACAUGUGGCGAUGAUCUUCCUAAACUCUGCCAACAUCAGCUCAGCGGACUUCUUCUCCAUGAUACAGGGGAAUUUUUCAACACUCAAUGAGGCCUUUAUUACUGACAUGUUGAGAAAAGUGGUCGAACAGGUGACUGAAUUGAAGAUAUUAGGUGAAGAUCCUAUGGUUUACCACGUUUUGGAGCGGGUCCUUAUGUCGAAUGACGCAAGCUUGCUUGUAAAGAUGGUGACCAAGUUGUUUGCAUGGCUGACCUCAACUGAAGCAUUCGGAGUAGACCUGUUGAUGCAGGUGCUGCCCAAAAUGUACGACAUCCUUCAGGGUGUCUUGUCGCUCCUGAACAAGAUGAACGUUGAGUUGCCAGCAAAUACAGAGCUCUUCAAAGGCUUAGUUGGAAACCUAAUUGCAAUGCUGAGGCAGAUUGUGAGUACCAGUGGGCCUCUGCCUCCAAUGGGUCAACAUCAUGGUAUGUUUCUGCCAGAAAGCACUUACAGUAACCACACAGUGAGGAGCCGACACAAACGUGAGGCCCUAAUGAUGCCACAAAGAGACCCCAUGGAUGACUUCACAGAGCUGUUUGCCAUCGACUAUCCUGCCAUGUUCAUAGCCCUCGCUGUCCCUCCUUCUACAGUAGAAAUUAUGGACACUAUUCACGUGUUCUUUGCCAAUCCUGAUCUGAAUGUAGUGUUGAAAGGAGCUACCAGUGACAUGCCAUGGGGCUUGAACAACUCUCAAGAUGAGACCAUAAAUGCAGCGCUGGGGGUGCUUUCCUUUGUUACACUACCUGCUACUCUUGGGAUGUCAUCAAUGGAUCUCCUGGUGAAUGUUGUUCAUAUGAUUCCCGAUAGCAUUCCAUUCUCGUCUUUGCUCAAAAAUAUCACCGGGGCUCUGGCCAGCGAGUCUGAAGAAAACCUGUUGCUCAUGGAGGAGACCUUCGAAACCAUCGCUGAGCUCUUCCAAAUCAGCGAGACAGACCAGACGCUCGAAGAGAAUCUUGCCGAACUGAGAGCCCAGGUGUGUACCUUGGAGAAUACGGAGCUUGUACAUCUGUUGCUGUGGCACCUUUCCAUCGAGCCUGGUCUUCUCUGUGACACAUUCAUGCCCGGCCUGCAGACCCUGUUUGAAAUGCUGAUAACAAACACAAGUGCUCUGACUGAAGCCAUGUUCCAGACCUUCAUUGGAGAACCUACAACCUACAGUGUCGAGGCAAACUGGACCGCUGCGUUGAGUGAAAGUUUGGGCUUUAACAUCAGCAGCCUGCACACUCUCAACAUUAACAUCAGCUCCCCAGGGGUGGUGACGAUUAGUGAGCUGCUGAGGAAUGAAACUGCCUUUGUUCUGGAUGUUCACCGACACAUGGAUUUCGAUCCAGCAGUAUUGGACCUGCUGAUGAAUUCUAUUCUACCUAACAACAAUUUAGAGAUCCUGUCCUGGCUGGUCAGCCUACAUCAAUGCAACUCCACAGAGACCAUGGGCAUGACUGAUUUGACCAUCCUGGAGACUUUCUGUUCCAUGAGUACUACAGAGUGGUACAGCUUUGUGCUGCUGGUGGUUCGACAUGUCAACACUGAAAAACUCAUCUACAGAGUGGUGUUGUCUGAAGAACUGCAGAGCCUGGCAACAGUGAUGCUUGAUAUGGCAGAGGCUGUGGUAGAUGUGAUGAACAAGAUUAUUCCUACCAUCAGUCAACUGCAAACAUACCUGCUCUCCAUGGAGGACCUCGACACGGACGCCACCAGUGAAUUUAACCUUAUGACCCGAGGACAGACGCCCGGCAAGUCCAACCAUGCUACGUUCGUCACCCUCUCUAAAGCGCUGUGCACUAAGGGUAUCAUGGCUGUGUUUGGAAUAACCAAGCUGACCACAGCGUCACAUUCAAGCCCCUCCUCCCCCCACAACCAGCAGAGGGAGGAGAUGAUUGAGAGAUUCAAGAUUCCCCGAAAUGCCACUCCAUUCUGUAUGAACAUGUACCUGGACAUGGUCAACACCACAGGAGGAGCCAUAGCCUGGGCCUUCCUCAAACCGAUGCUGAUGGGACAAAUCCUGUUCACCCCUGACACUCCGGUCACAAGGAACAUAAUGGAGAAGGCCAAUACCACCCUAGAGGAAUUCGCAAACCUGAGGAAACAGUCACAAGAGUGGAUCGAAUCUUCCAGCUACAUCAUAAACUCCGCAGAAACACUCAGCCACACGUUGCCAAUGCUGCAGAAUUCCCUCGGCAACCCUUUUGUGAAGAAUUUCAUCCAGAUGCAGACAGACAUCAAUGUUGACAGAAUGAAAGAGACACUCAAGAACUUCUCUAACAUUACAGUAAUGCUGGAAAACAACAAACAAAUAUUGGAUCAUAUCACCACUUUGUCUAAACUGAUGAUGGACCUGUCUUCCUGUAUCCAAUUUGACCGUUACCGUGGCUACGACUCCGAAGAGCAGCUUAACACCGCAGCUCAGGAACUUGCAAAAAAUCGCAAUCUCUAUGCAAGUGUCAUCUUCAAGCUUCCCAAAGACAAAGACUCAUCACGGAGCCGCCAUGCCAGGGCAUCCUCCACCACAUCCUCCCUGCCUCCCAAAGUCAGCUACACUAUCCGUAUGCAUAUGGACAAUGUCAUGCGUACCGACAGAGUCCGGAACCCAUACUUUGUGAAGGACCCACACAUCGUGGCCAGCCUGACGAUGCGCUACAACCGGGGCUUCAUCUACCUCCAGGAAAGCAUCGAUCGGGCUAUCAUUGAAACUCACGCUGGGCACAGAGUCACAGAGCCAGCCGUCCAGCUGCAGCCCUUCCCCUACCCGUGCCAUCUCCGGGAUGAGUACCUGGAGGCCAUCUCUUUCGUCUUUCCGAUCAUGCUGAUGUUGGCCUGGGUGCUGUUCGUGGCUGAUUUUGUGAAGAAACUUGUGCACGAGAGAGAACUGAGACUGCAUGAGUACAUGAAGAUGAUGGGAGUCAACCCGGCCAGCCACUUCUUUGCCUGGUUCCUAGAGUGUGCCACUUACCUAGUCAUGACCAUCUUUGUUCUCACUCUGGUGAUGAAGUACGGCAACAUCCUCCCCCACAGUGACGGCUUCCUCCUGUUCUUGUAUUUCUGUGACUACGGCUUGAGCAUCCUGGCCUUCAGCUACCUGGUCAGUUCCUUGUUUGACAGGACCUACAUCGCUGGACUGAGCGGCAGCCUCCUUUACAUUCUCAGCUUCUUCCCUUUCAUUGUGGUCAUGGCCCUGGAGACAAAUCUCUCCUUUUCACAGAAGAGCCUGCUGGGCCUAUUUUCCCCAACCUGCUUCAGUCAUGCCAGUCAAUACGUGUCUCGCUAUGAGGCCCAAGGACAAGGAAUUCAUUGGAAGAACUCAUACACCUCUCCCAUUGCUGAUGACACAGCCUCAUUCGGGUGGCUGUGCUGGCUGAUGGUCAUUGAUUCCAUCCUCUACUUUGUCAUCGGGGCUUACAUCCGCAUGGUCUUCCCAGGAAAAUAUGGAAUCCCAGCUCCAUGGUACUUCCCGUUCAAGUCAUCGUUCUGGACUGACCUGUGCUGCAGCAUUCAUUCAAACACUGGUUCAGACAAAGGGCUCCUCUUCACCAACGUCAUGCAGAAAAACCAGUCUGUCCUAUCUGACAACAAGGGAAAAGGCAAGAACGCGCUUUCCUUCCAGGCUGGUGAAGAUUUCUCAGAGCUUCCAAUUGGUGUUGUCCUCCACAGUCUCAGCAAGAUCUAUGGCGACCGAGUAGCCAUUGAAAACCUGAAUGUCUCUUUCCACGAGGGCCAUGUCACCUCAUUGCUUGGUCACAAUGGAGCUGGCAAGACCACCACCAUGUCUCUCCUGACUGGCCUUUUCGCCCCGUCAUCUGGCUCAAUAGAGGUGUACGGCAGAGACAUGCAGAGCAACAUCGAUGAUAUUCGCAAAGAACUCGGCGUCUGCAUGCAAUACGAUGUCCUCUUUGACCACAUGACAGCCAAGGAGCACCUGCUGCUGUACGGCCAGAUCAAGGCCCCACACUGGACACGCAGGGUACUGCACGAGCAAGUCCGAACGAUCCUGGAGGAGACAGGCAUGUACGCGCACAGACACAAGCGGGUGGGCACCCUGUCGGGCGGCAUGAAGCGCAAGCUGUCAAUUUCCAUUGCCUUCAUAGGAGGCUCUCGCUUGGUGGUUCUGGAUGAACCCACCACAGGAGUUGAUCCUUGCUCGAGGCGCAGCAUCUGGGACAUUGUCAUCCAGCAUAAGAAACACCGCACCAUCAUCAUGUCCACCCACCAUCUGGAUGAGGCCGAAGUGCUCAGUGAUCGCAUCGCCUUCCUGGAGAAAGGAGGAUUAAAAUGCUGCGGGUCACCCUUCUACCUGAAAGACAAGCUGGGCCAGGGCUACAAACUCACCCUUACCAAAAAGAAGCAGAGCCUGGAGUCUAAAGAAAUUGACCAUGCUGAACUGAAGGAGUUCAUCCAAGCCCAUGUACCUGAGGCGCGACUGAAGGAGACCCAAGGGGGCGACUUAGUCUACUCACUGCCCACGUUCACCUCAUCCAAUGCCUCCUCAUACCGUUCCCUCCUGACGGCACUGGACACCAACCUUAACAACCUGCAGCUUGGGGGCUACGGCGUCUCUGACACGACACUGGAGGAGGUGUUCCUCGAGUUGACCCAUGACAACACUGAUUCUGAGAACGUCCCCCUGUCUGUCUCGGAGACUGUUUCUGACACUCAAUCUUUGGACAGUUUCUCAUCAGACUCCUCUGAAAACCUUGGGGACAAGAUCAAGCUCACUGGUUCAUCCACGGUGAGUGGCAUGGCCCUGCUGUGGCAGCAGAUAUUCGCCAUGCUGGUCAAGAGGUUCAAACACAGCUACAGAGACUGGAAGGGCCUGAUUUCACAGAUCCUGCUCCCUGUUCUGUUUGUGGUGUUUGCAAUGGGCCUGGGCUCCAUCAAGAAUGACCUGCGGCACUAUCCUGAGAUGGUGCUGAGCCCUGCACUCUACAACAUCGGACCAAGCUACUCUUUCUUCAGCAACAAAAAUCCCAGCUCCAGGCCACUGGUGGAUGCCAUGAUGUCAUUCCCUGGGAUCGAUAACGCAUGCCUUGACAAGUCUGAUAACUCGGUCUGCACAAGAACACACGCAUGGACUCAGGGAAGAAACACGUCUGGACUACUGAAUACCUGUAAAUGCACCUCACAGGGACAGGUUUGUGAUAAAAGCAAGGAUCAGCUGUCACAUAAGAAGAGCCCGUCAUCUCAGGAUGUUUAUAACCUCACCGGCAUCGAUGUGCAGAACUACCUGGUGAACACAGCCAAUGACUUCAUCAGGAACAGGUAUGGGGGCUUUGAAUUUGGCAUGCAGCUUCCUUCUGACUUGCAAAUGGACGUCAUUCAAGUGCCCAAAAACCGUACUCUGUCUAAGGUCUGGUUCAACCCUGAGGGCCACCACACAAUGCCAGCAUACAUGAACAGCCUCAACAACCUCAUCCUUCGCACCAAUCUUCCAGCUGAUAAGGAUCCGACAGAAUACGCCAUUUCAGUUUCCAGUCAUCCUUAUUUUGGUCGGCCAGACGAUGAAGACGCUAUUCUUCAGGGAAUGCUGCAGAUGCUUGUGGCGAUGUGUGUGCUGACGGGCUUCUCGAUCACAACGGCCAGUUUUGCCAUCUAUGAAGUCAGCGAGCACCACAGUGGUGCCAAGAGGCUCCAGCACAUCGCAGGCAUCAGCGAGCCCCUCUACUGGGCCGUGAACUUCUUCUAUGACAUGGCCAUCUAUCUGAUCCCUGUGACUUUGACUGUUGCUGUGAUCGCAGCCUUCCAGAUACCGGCGUUCACAGAACGGCAAAAUUUGGGUGCCAUCACCCUCCUGUUCGUGCUCUUUGGGUUUGCUACCUUCCCCUGGAUGUAUCUGUUAGCAGGUAUCUUCAAGGAUGCAGAAAUGGCCUUCAUCACCUAUGUGUGUGUCAACCUCUUCAUCACCGUCAACACAAUCCUGUCCACGUCCAUCUUCUACUUUAUGGGCCAAAUUUCACCCCACAACCCUGAGCUCAUCAAGGCCAUGUUUGAAAGGAUGUGCAACGCCUUCCUCAUCUUCCCCCAGUUCAAUUUUGGGAACGGGUUGAUGCAACUGACCAGGAAGAACAUAGAGGUCCAGAUCCUCAGUGGUUAUGGCAUUGAUGCCUAUCAAAACCCAUUCUCCACAGAGGCUUUCAAGAAGAUGUUCAUUGCCUCCUUUAUCCAAGGCCUGGUCUUCUUCACCCUCCGCCUCCUGCUUAACAAGUUCCUAAAGCGAAAAGUCAGGCUUUUGAUUUGUGGCAAAACAUUGCCACAGGUGGCUUCUGAGCACGAGGAUGAGGAUGUGACAGCUGAGCACCUGCGCGUUUCCAGUGGAGCAGCCAGCUCAGACAUACUGCAGCUCAACCAGCUCACUAAGGUCUAUCAACACCUAAAUAAGAAGGUCCCUGCUGUGAAGAGGCUUUCUGUGGGCAUCCCUGCAGGAGAGUGCUUUGGUCUGCUGGGUGUGAACGGAGCAGGAAAAACGACCACCUUCAAAAUGCUGACUGGCGACGUCAGCCCCACUGAUGGCACAGCACAGAUCAGGGACUGGGAUGGGCAAUUGAUGGACAUCAUGGAGUGCCGUUACAAGGGAAUUAACAUCGGCUACUGUCCCCAGGUGGAUGCACUGGACAACCUGCUCACUGGAGAGGAGCACUUGUAUUUCUACGCUCGCAUUCGAGGCAUCUCAAAGAGGGAGAUAGACAGGGUGGUGUCUUACCUCCUGAGGAGGCUGGAGCUCAACUAUCACAGUAACAUCAUUACUGAUGGUUAUAGCUGCGGCACCCGAAGGAAGCUCUCCACAGCACUGGCUCUCCUUGGACACCCACAAAUCCUGCUCUUGGAUGAGCCCAGCUCUGGCAUGGACCCUCGCACUAAGCGUCACCUGUGGAAAAUCAUCUCCGAGGAAGUGAAAGGAAAAUGUGCCGUGGUCCUCACCUCUCACAGCAUGGAGGAGUGUGAGGCACUGUGCAGCCGUCUUGCCAUCAUGGUGAAAGGUCAGUUCCAAUGCCUUGGCUCUCUGCAGCACAUUAAGAACAGGUUUGGCAAAGGGUUUACUGUGAAGAUGUACUUGGCUGGAGCCUCCUGUGAUGCCGAGGCAAUCACUGGCUUCAUGCAGCGCAGAUUCCCCAGCACUUACCUCAAGGACCAACACUCCACUAUGGUAGAGUACCACGUACCAGUUGCUCCAGGAGGGGUGGCUGACAUCUUCGACCAACUGGAGUCAAACAAGACUGCUCUGCAGAUCAAACACUUCUCUGUGAGCCAGACCACACUGGAUGAGGUUUUCAUCAACUUUGCCAUGGGGAAAAUUGGCAUGGACACCAUACCAAUUGAUGACGAGGGUGAUGACGCAGACUCCCUUAAGACAGUAGAAACAUAGAGCAGACAUUUUUUAAGUCUCUUUACUAAAGAUGUAAAGGGUAACUCCCAUUUUCAUUUGUACAACAAUCCAAAUCUAGCAUAUCCUGUAAUUAGUAGCAGAACAACACACACACACACACACACACACACACACACACACACAUUUGCACAGGUGGAAAAAGUGUAUAAACUGAAAACUGAAGUGUUUCCUCUCUUUCAAGUCACAUAACAACACUAAUUUGUUAACCUUCAAUUUUAGAGAUGGACAGCUUUUAGCAUGUGGACCAGAUAGGAUUGAAACCCCUAAAUGUUUUUGCAAAACAACAACUCAUAUAACACAACACAGAAGUAAACCACUGAUACCAUUGAAAUCAAAACAUUGUAUCCCUAUUGCCAAUUAAUGGUAAUGAUUGUCAUAAAUAACCAUGGUAUCAAUGUUGAUUAAAAAUAAUUGUGAUUACCAACAUGACUACACUUUGGGAAGCACUGAUUUCAAUUUCUCUCUAUGUAUUGUUUACUUUAUAUUAUACCAUUGUAAAUCAAUAGCAUUAGAUAUUUCAUGUAUUUUUCCUUGAGAUUUGUACUUUAGAAAAAUCACUUUGAUUUUGAUUAUAUACAUAUAUAUCACUCACACAGUAAUUUUUUUAUUCUGAGGAAUGUGUAAAUGUGCCUUCUGGAUUAAAUCUUCUUUACAAACACCCUCAAUAUGCACUUUUCCCUUACUUAUUAACACAUCCUCUAAGGGCAUUUCUAACUUUUAGAUGAAUAAACUGAAUAUUUAAUGCAGUCUUUCCUUUCUUACUUUGGACCAGUAUAAAUGGCCUUGAAUGCACCAAGACUAUUUUUUACAAUUCUAAUAAAGCUAUUUUUCAAAUGCA